UAUAUAAAACCAUUGGUUACUAAUUCAAAACCUGUGACAGAUUUCAGGUUUAAAUACAAUUAUCAUUUUUCAGUUACUGGAAUUAUCUAUUCUGUCCUGGGUUCUGGGGAUUUGCUCAGUUAACUUCCUUUAGAAAUUUCCCAAGCUUCUUCACAUGGUUGUGGAGGUUGAGAAGGUUGCAGCAAUGGAGAACUCAAACGGCAAUGCGUUUCAACUCACUGUGAAACAAGGAGAGCCAACUCUGGUUGCUCCAGAAAAGGAGACAGAGAAAGGUCUCUAUUUUCUGUCAAAUCUUGAUCAAAACAUUGCAGUGAUUGUCCGAACAGUCUACUGCUUCAAGUCAGAUGAGAAAGGGAAUGAAAAUGCUGCAGAAGUUAUCAAGAGUGCCUUGGAAAAAGUUCUUGUUCAUUACUAUCCUCUUGCAGGGAGGCUCACAAUAAGCUCCGAGGGAAAGCUUAUUAUAAAUUGCACUGGAGAAGGUGCUGUUUUCGUUGAAGCUGAAGCGAACUGUGGAUUGGAAGACAUUGGAGACAUUACAAAACCUGAUCCAGACACUCUUGGGAAGCUUGUUUAUGACAUUCCUGAUGCAAAGAACAUUCUGCAGAUGCCUCCUCUCGUGGCUCAGGUGACGAAGUUCAAAUGUGGAGGAUUUGUUCUUGGAUUGUGCAUGAAUCAUUGCAUGUUUGAUGGAAUUGGUGCAAUGGAGUUUGUAAACUCAUGGGGCGAAACAGCUAGAGGCUUACCACUUUCUGUCCCUCCAUUUACAGACAGAAGCAUUCUUAAAUCCAGGAACCCACCAAAGAUAGAGUAUCUUCAUCAAGAAUUUGCAGAAAUAGAAGACAAAUCCAACACCAACAGCCUUUACAAAGCUGAUGAAAUGCUCUACAAUUCCUUCUGUUUCAAUCCUGAAAUGCUUGAAAGAAUCAAAACCAAAGCUAUGGAAGAUGGAGCUCUUGAAAAGUGCACUACUUUUGAAGCUCUCUCAGCAUUUGUGUGGAGAGCUCGAACCAAGGCACUCAAGUUGCUGCCUGAUCAACAAACAAAGCUUCUAUUUGCUGUUGAUGGGAGGCCAAAAUUCAAUCCACCAUUGCCAAAAGGGUACUUUGGAAAUGGAAUAGUGCUGACAAAUUCUAUGAGCCAAGCAGACGAACUGCUGGAGAAGCCAUUGUCACGUGCAGUUGGGCUUGUUCAGGAUGCAAUUAAAAUGGUUACAGAUUCAUACAUGAGAUCUGCCAUUGAUUAUUUUGAAGUGACAAGAGCGAGGCCUUCAUUGGCGUCUACUCUGCUGAUAACAACUUGGUCAAGGCUGUCGUUUCACACUACAGAUUUUGGUUGGGGAGAGCCGAUUCUGUCAGGGCCUGUGGCUUUGCCGGAGAAGGAAGUGAUCCUGUUUUUAUCACAUGGUAAAGAGAGAAAAAGCAUAAAUGUGCUUCUGGGAUUGCCGGCUUCUGCCAUGAAAAUCUUCCAAGAAUUGAUGCAGAUAUGAGAAAUUAACAAGAUUUGUUAUCUUUAUUUAUGGUUUUAUUUUUUUUGCGUUUAAAUUUUCAUUGGUGGAUCGGUCUUGGUUGUAUUGGACUACUAGUAUUAUAUAUGUUUAUGGAUUGGUCUUGGUUGUGCUAGUGAGAGUGAUGGAUUUGUCUUUGAUCAAUUUUAACUCGUUUAUUAGCUGAUAUAAGCUUGUUCUCAUGAGAAAACUGUUAGCCCAUUAUGCCAAAAACAGAAUAAUUUGUGAACUUUCUUCCCCUGACCCGGCAGUGGGUUUCCUGAACUGAAAUGCAAUAAAGUUAAUCUUUGACCUGAAAUGCAGAUUUCAAAAUCAAAUGGAGAGUUGAUCUUUGACUUGCAUAUGACCAUCACUUUUAGACGGCUAUGAGGCAUGAUGGGUUUCUGCUGAUUGCAAAUUUAUUUAAAAAAAGUUUGUUUAACUUAGCCAUUUUCUUUAUUUUGUAGGUCUAUUCUAGGAUGAAAUAUAUGUUUCUUGAAUUAUUGAUUAUGGCAUUCAGCUUUUCUAAAACUUUCUCAUCUUGCAACUGGAGAAGUAGAAUGCAGAAGAAGGGAAAGGAAAUGGGGACUCUGACGACUUAUCUUGGGUCAAAUCAAAAGCCAAAAAUGAGAAGCGAUGGAUGGUGACACCAAUAGCUGAAGUGUCUUCAGCCAGAAUCAGACUGUUUUCUCAGGAUGUUUCCCCUCCAUCUAUUUCUUAUUAUUCUCUUGUUGUACUGACAUUGUUUUUUCUGUUAGGUUUCAUUUGUAGGUGUUUAGGACUUAUACGUAUUUGCAGCCAUGUCGUCUCGUAGAACCCACUCUGUAGCCUGUAGUUGAAGUUGUUUGCAGGCUCAGCUAUUUGAAGAUUGAAGUUUAACCUAUGGUAUGAGUUCUAGCAGAAGUUUAAUCUACAAUAGAUUGAGAAAAAAGAAGAGCAGGUACAAACCAACAAAUUUUACUUGAUAUUACCAUCAGUUUUAUGGCUUAGUUUGGAGCGCAGAGCAGGGAAAAGAUAUAU